AUGAUGGAGAAUCACGUGUUUGAGUCCGUGGAGGAAAGGACCUUCCAGUACCAAGGAGUCUCUGCCUCCCCUCCCCGUCCCUUCACUGGAAGAGUCCUUGUCCAAGUACUGUGAGUCAGUUAAACCUUUUUUAAAUGAACAAGAAUAUGAGAAGACUUGUAAAAUUGUAAAUAAUUUUGAAAACGGAAUCGGCCAAGGGCUACAUCAAAAACUAUUAGAAAGGGCUAAAACAAGAAAGAACUGGUUGGAGGAAUGGUGGUUGAACGCUGCAUACCUCGAAGUUCGGAUGCCUUCUCAACUCUAUGUCAAUUUUGGAGGUCCCGCUCCCUACCUAGAACAUUACUGGCCCCCCAAGCUUGGCACCCAGCUGGAGAGAGGCUGCAUAGCUGCGUGGUACACACUGAAAUUCUGGGACCUCAUUAGAAGAGAGAAGUUGGGGGUGCACAAGUCUGGUAAUAGACCACUGGAUAUGCACCAAUUUCAUUAUCUCUAUAACACUUGUAAGAUCCCAGGUGUCACCCGAGACUCAAUUGUCAAUUACUUUAAGACUGAAAGUGAAGGCAACUGCCCCACCCACCUGAUUGUCUUGUGUCGGGGGAGAAUUUUCACCUUCGAAGCUGUCAUUGAUGGCCAAAUCCUCUCCCCACCAGAGAUACUAAGGCAGCUCCGUUAUGUUCAGUACAUAUGCCAAAGUCAACGUGAUGGGAUUGGGCUUUCCGCUUUGACCACAGAGGAGAGGACCCGCUGGGCUCUGUCUCGAGAGCACCUCAUUAGUCUAGACCCAAAGAAUCUGUCUCAUCUUGAGCGGAUCCAGAGCAGCCUGUUCAUUGUGUCUAUUGAUGAAGACAGCCCACACGGAACACCUGAAGAUUACAGCCAGAUUGCAUACAAAGCUCUGGCUGGAGAUCCAACUGUGCGCUGGGGAGACAAAUCUUACAACUUCAUCAUGUGGCGUAAUGGAGUGUUCGGCUCCAACUGCGAUCAUGCUCCGUACGAUGCUAUGGUGCUGGUGGCUAUGUGUGACUACAUCGAUCACAACAUAAAGGCCUCUGAGGGACGUUGGAAGGGUCCUGUGUCAGUCCGGGACUUGGCUCAUCCCACAGAGCUGGUUUUCACCGUGGAUCAGAAAAUCCUAGAUGACAUCGCUCUUGCCAAAGCACAGUAUCAUACUCAGGCCUCCGAUCUUCAGGUUGCCAACUAUGCCUUUACUUCGUUUGGGAAGGCUCUAGUGAAGAAGAAGAAGCUCCACCCAGACACCUUUGUGCAGCUGGCUCUGCAAUUCGCUUUCUAUAAACUUCAUGGCCGUCCCGGAUGCUGUUAUGAAACAGCCACUACUAGAACAUUCUACCACGGGCGCACUGAGACUAUGAGACCCUGCACUGUGGAGGCCGUGACCUGGUGUCGCUCCAUGCUGGACCCUUCCGCUACUCUCGCCGAGCGGCACAGGUUGAUGCUCAGCGCUUUUGCAAAACAUAACAAAAUGAUGAAAGAGUUCCAGCAGGGGAAAGGAUUUGAUCGCCACCUGCUGGGUCUCCUCCUGAUUGCAAAAGAGCAAGGGAUUGCAGUGCCAGAGCUCUACACCGAUCCAGCCUUUACAAAAAGUGGUGGAGGUGGAAAUUUUGUCCUUUCCACCAGCCUUGUGGGCUACACCAGUGUCCAUGGUGGUGUAGUCCCCAUGAUACAUGAUGGAUACGGCUUUUUCUAUAGAAUCCGAGAUGACAGGUUUGUGGCCACCUGCACCGCCUGGAAGUCCAGCCCGGAGACAGACGCUGAAAAGCUCCUGCGGAUGGUGUUCCAGAACUUUCAGGAGAUGAUCCAGCUGAUGGUGAACUCGCAUCUGUAG